UCUAUUGAUUUUGGUUUGGUUGGUGGUGGUUGUGGUAGCUAAUGGCAAUACCAUUUGUUUAGUGUAGCAAGGGAGAUAACUGAGAAAACAGGAGGGUCUUGAGUGGAAAGAGUGACUGAUGACAGUGCUAUACUGGAAGGAAUAGAGAGGCCGACAGUGGCCGUUGGUGGCUGUGGAGUGAUAUGAGUCUGUGUCUAAAUGGUGGUACUUAAAUCUGUGUGAAUUCCUUGGAGAGGCUGAACAGUGUGAAGGUGCUUCUACUCAUAGCUGUGCAUCUCAGGAGUGAAGUGUGUUCAUCAGCUUUCGCACCUGAUAGUGUUUUGUUUCCUCAUGCUGCUUUGCUCUGAGCAGUGUAGAGCUGUCAGGCAGACCUGGGUCCAUUUGCCACUACCUCAGCAGGAAUGAGACCAGUAAUACUUUCUGUAAGUGCAUUCUAGUUGAAGAAGGAGCUAGUUUUGGCUCUAUAAAUAGUGCAUUUGAGGGAUUUCUGAUGGAGGUGGGUUAACAGGACAAGACUUCUAUUGGCGACCGGUUUCUGUGACAUGGAAAAAUUACACUUUGUCUUAGGGAUGGAGCAUGGGAUUUGAUUGAAUCUUACUGAGAAGGAGGGGAAUGGAAAGCCCCUGUGGGUAAGAACACUGUGAGCUGUAGUUUGGGUAUCUUCAUCUGAAUAGGGCUGCAUGAAAGGGUGCGUUUGAUGUAGGGGAGGAGAGGAAAGCACACUACAGUUUGUGUUGGCUGUAGGAAAAGCACAGAAUUUUAGCAGCAGAAAGGCAAAUUUAAGGAAUGAUGCUUGUAGAUUUGAAGGUGGUGGUUGGCUGAGCUAAGGUCUUCCUCCAAACAGAUGCUCUUCAAAUAUUUCUGGAUUUCUCUGUGCAAGAAACUGAUGGCAGAGGCCUUCCACUGAAGCGCAGCCUUGCAGAGAGUCUGAGGAAGAAGGCAGAUCUUGAGAAGAUACUAAGGAGAAGCACAGAUGGCAUCAGGACUUGAUGUUCUGUCCUCUGGCUGCCACCUCUUGCUUUCUGCAGGCGUUCUUUGACACCUACAAAGCUUUAGUGAGGGUGCAUCAGUGUAAAACAGCAGUAACCUAUGGAGCUCUGAAGGGGAGCUGUGGGCUUCAGUACCUCAGGAGGGGAUGUGCAUGCUCUUUAAUGUACAUGCAGUCUGCUUGUGCAGGAGGGCUUUGAAAGCUGGUACCAUGUUUGUGUUUUCAGGAAAAGUGGAUAUAAACACUUCUCCCUACUGAAAGAUUUAAAAAUAGAGCCUCUCGUUGCUGCUUACUGGAUGUUUUUCAUCUUUAGAAACACAGGUGUUUGAAUAAUGCUGUUUUUCAUAGGAGAUGUGCCAGAAUGCAUCUGAUGGAUUAUUUGCUGAAACGUUACUGAUAUGAUAGUUCAGAAAAACUGUGCUGUGAAUGUUUCCUAGACUCACAUGAGAAGGUGUUGUGGUUUCGUGCUUUUUGUUGUCAGUAUUCCACAUCAGAACAUCAUGUGGACCAGUGGGAGUUAACGAGUGAAUGUUCUCGUUCUGUUUAGUGCCUUUUGUGGAAUCUUUGUAAAUCCUGAUGAGAGGGGAGGAGGCGGCAUCACCAGAGGACCUGGCGGGAAGUGGAAGUUGAGGUGGAGCUGCAGAUGGGACCCGGAGCUCUCUCUGUUUGGCUCCGGCUCAUCUAUCUCAGCUCACCGCAGAGAAAGCACGUGCUUUCCCUCACACUAUCGUGGUUUGAUUCUCAUUUUUUGACGCUCUUGUUUCUCUCAUUUUGUUUGAUUUAGUUCAAUUCAGUAAAUUACCCUUCCUCCUCAGAUCGUUGCCGUUGUUUUCUCUUUGUUAAAACUAUCGCUAGCUCUCUGCCCUUCCCCCUCUCCCAGAGCACACAUGGCCCGGGGCCAGCCGGUCAUGGCAAACCGUUUGUACCUCUUUUUUUUCCUCUCUCCUUCCUGGGGCCUGUGCCCCCCCUGUCAUGGACUUAUAUCUAAGGAUAAUCCUGUGACAGAAGGAUGGCUGUGAAGAUGUUGGCCUUGGGGCAGGAGUUGUUAGGAGCUUUUGAGAGUAGCCUCUAAUCAUUGACCACGAAAAUUAAUUGUUAAGCUCUGUGUGCUCAGGUGGGAGCAGAGUGAGGCCAGCAGGGAAGGCUUUUGAAAAAUCCCUGUAAUCAAUCCAGCACAAAAAGAUGUUUCUUCUCAGCUAGCUCAUAAAAUACCUGAAAAUCAUCAUCAGCCAAGGAGGUGACUCAGGUGUGCUUGAGAAGUUCAGAUGUGCUUUGUAGAUCGGCCUUUGUUUUAGAGUCCUCAGUGGCUGCUUGCUUUGUACUGCUGGCCAUUGUUUAUAGGAGCAAGAGAAGUCUUGUGUACUAAGAAGAACCUGGUAGUGGAGGGGAAAAAAAAUCCUCAGGAUUUGGAUGCUUCCGUGUGUUACGAGUGAUUGUGAUACCACUGCUCGGUCAGUUUGAGUGCAUGAAACAAGUGUGAAAUCUUUUUCUUUUUUAUGGAGUAAUGUGAAAGGAGUCCUAUGGAUUUGAGACCUGACUUAAAGUCUGUGGGAUUUUCCAGGAGCUGGGGUAAGGGAUGAGGCAAGGAAAGUUGGGGCAGGAGGAUGAUGUGUAGGAAUAGGAAUGUUUUCCAUUUGUAUCAACUCCUGCUGUUACCUUUUUGACUUGGGAAUGCAUGCUUUUUUUUAAUAAAGAACAAACUCAUUGUGCACCUUGUGAAUGAAUUCAUUCACACCUGUUACUGUUUGGUGUUCCCUACAUGGAGCUGCAAUUGAAAUGGACACUUCUGGUCUGAUUGCCAGCCCCUCCCCUCUCCUCCCUGCAUGCUCAGAUCAGUGAAGUUUGCAAAGCCUGGCUCUUGGUUGGUGAGUUGUGCCCAGCGUCAGAGAGUUGGCUCUUCUCAGCUUGGAGAUGCAUGUUGUGUUAUUUCUGUUGUGUUGACCUCUUGAGCUCCAGCCCUAACUGGGGAUCCAAGUAUACUAACACAGAAGGAAUGGUUGAGAUAUAUGUGAACUUGGAUUGGAAAUGCAAUCCAAGGGCUGCACAAAUGUGGGACAGUUCUGAGUGUAAGGAAAGGCAUCUGCUGGGUGAGCGCUUUGCUUGGUGUGCAUCACCCUGCUAAAGAGCAGGCAGCUGUUGUCUUUGCAGACAGCCACAUCCAUGGGGAUUGGAAGCUUUUUCUGCCUUCCAGCUCUUGGCUGUUGCUCUGAGAGUGGAGGUUCUUGCCCGGAGAGAACCACCAGCAGAAAGGAUCCCAUGUGUGGCCUCUGAGCCCUUUCAGACAAACCAGCUGGAUUAGUGUGUGGCCUGUGACCUUGUUUUGGAGUUAACCCAGCAGGCUUUGCCCAAAGCAGAAUGACCUGUGGGCACAGCGUCCAGUAGGUGGAAGUGAGCAACAGCUGAGGACAGCAGCAGCUUGAGCAGUGCUCUUAAGGGAAAUCCUCACUGUGAACAAAGGCCCAGAAGAAGAGUAGCUUGUCCCUGUAUUCACAUAGUAAGGUUUUCCUUUCUGACCUGACUGUUACCUCUCAGGUGGUGCUUACAGUGUGUGAUGUGCUCUGGAAGAAGUGCUGAUGUUUUGUAUUUAACUUUGUCUUUCAUCUUAUUUUAAAGCUUAGAGGCAACCUUAAUUCCUACAAUCCUGAGUUUUGUGCCAUGAGAGCUCUCCAGCUUCUACCUAUGAUGUGAGACUGUAUUGUGUCUACUUUAAGUCAGGCUUUUUUCCCCUUUUCAUUUUAAGAUAGGAAAAUUAAUUUCUCGGUCAGGAAAAGAAGAAAUGCAACAAUUUUCCCUACACUGCUCAAUUGCCUUAGUUGCCAAGUGCUCCUGAUUUUUCUUGUAUCCUUCAAUUCCAAGCCCAUAUUUUCCCAACAGCAAAAGAAUUCAGAAGUAACCACCUACAGUUAAGUAAGCAGUCUCAGUAUUUAUUUCUUGAUUGUGAAAUAAUGAUUGUGGCAAUUACUUCAGUUCAGAAGUCACACUUAAUUUACAGUGCCUGUUUUAAUUUUGACAAAGGUUGCAGUUGCAGCUGACUUCCCAAGGCUGCAGAAUGUGGUGGUGGCACAGCCUUCGGCUUCUGCAUUUGUGCUAAUGCCACAUUUCCUCUCUCUGUCUUGCAGGUCAGCUGGUGCUAGAUGUGGAUGGUAUGCCAGUGUGAAUGAAGGUCAGUGUAGGAGCAGGUGCUGAUGGUAGGAAGAAAGUUCAGGCUAAUGGACUCUAAAGCAUCUGCCAGUAGAGUACCAGAGAAGGCAGUAGUGAUGUUGGGAAGCAGUUGCAGAAGAACACGAGGAGCUCCUCAGCAGGAAGCUACAAACCCCGCUGAGGCUCAGAGCAUAUGUGGAUGCCCAGAAAGAAAUGCAGGCCCAGUGUUUGAGCAGUGCCUGGCUGUGGAGUGCUGUGGCCUGAGAACAGAGCUAUUCUGCCUUUGCCGGGAUGGCUUUCCAAGGAGGACUUGUCUGUCCUCAGAAAAACCAGAGGGCUGACUCAUCCAAAUGCUUGCUGACUGCUUGGAAGCCCAAAUCCUUUCGGCCUCCAAUCUGGGGACAGCCUGGGGACAUUUCCUGGGUGUGAUCGUUCGAUGCCUGAGUGAGAGGAUGACCCAGACUGAUUACACAAGAGUCAUCUUAAUUUCUCUAUUUUUUACUUCAGAUAAUGCCAUUGGGUGGCCCUCAUGUUGUUUUCUUAAAAUUUGGUACCAGUCCUGGUGACUUUGGGCCAAAGCUCAAAAGGCUGGAACCAGUCUUAAAAGCCACAGCCCCAGUUAGGGGCACAUGCCCUGGAGCCUAAAGAUGCUACUGGAGAAGCCAGGACUGUCUCUGGGGUGUAAAAGUAGAGCCAGAGAGACUGGCACUGGCCAUGGGACCUGAAGCCAUAGUCUGAGUGGCCAGCACUGACCCUGGGGAUUAGAGCCCCAGCCAGAGAGGCUAGCAAAAGUCCUGGGGCCUGAAGCCACGUCCAGGGAGGCCUGCACUGGUCCCAGGUCCUAAAGCCAUAGCCACAGCCAGAGAGGCUGGCACCACUGCUGUGGCCUAAAGCCGAAGCUGGAGAAGCCGGCACUGUCUGCGGGACUUCAAUCCACAGCCUGAAAGGCUGACACCGGCUCCAGGGCCUAAAGCCACGGCACAAGAGGCCAGCACCAGCUUCGGGUCUAAACCACAGCCACAGAGGGCUACGCUGGCCCCGGGGCCUGAAGGUGCAGCCACAGCCCGAGAGGCCGGAACCAGGCCUGGGGCACACAGAUGUGCCUUCCUGUUGGUUUCUACUGAUUCCUAUAGGACUCCAUUGACCACUCUAAGGCCAUACUGGUCCUUACUGCUUUUUACUUAGCUGUACUGGACUUUUCUGGUCCAUACUGGUGUGCACUCCUCCCAGUUCCUACUAGUUCCUCUGGGACUCGGCUGACCGCUGCGAGGCCAUAUUGUGUUUUUAUUGGGCUGCACAAGACUCAUCUUCAGUUCUCUGUUGCUUUACUUCAAUUAACCCCUAUUCAAUUAACCCCAUUCACCCCACUGGGUGGCCCUGGUGUUGGUUUCCUAAAAUUUGGAUCUGGGAGGUGACCAUUCCUUUGCCUGUGAUGAAAGCACAGAAGUGAUGCAGGCACUCACUGAGGUCACAGUCGUUGCCAGGGUGGGAGUGUUUGUCCCACAGCUGGAGAACAGAGCUGGUGCUGUCGUGAGCGUGCUGCACACGGAGACUGAGCUCUGUGCUUUUCUUGAGAGAGAUCAUCCUUUGAGAGCCCAUUGGAAGCACCGCUGCGAUGUGUGUGUGAGCUGGGCACAGCUCAGGCUGAGCAGGCUGACCAGGGAUGGAGCCUGUGCAUCAAUGGAAUGGUGUGGGGCAAGGGGGAAAAUGGAAAGCCUCUACAGAAGCUGAUGCAAGCAGCCUUCCUCUGAAGCGCAGCCAUGUGCAAAGACAGGGGAGGAGCACAGAGUGUGGCACAGCACCCAAGAGAGUGGUGACCAGCUCAGAUGUGCCGGAGGACAUCACAGACAUCCAGGGUUUGCUCUCUUGGAUCAGUGAUGUGGCAAGAGCUGCUGAGGUCCCCCAUGAGAACCCCAGCAGCCCUGCCCCAGGAUGCUUCAUCGCUGAGCUCCCUGACAACCCCAGGGACAGCAGAGAGCUCUGCAUGGAGGCACAGGCUGCCACCGGGAUGCCCACCAACCCCUUCUGGGGGCUUCCACCAUCCCCUGGGUUCCUGUCUGAACUGCAGAGUGGGUUGUCGCAGCUGUGCCCUGUUGUGCCUUCAGCGAGUGCCCGGCUCAAUCCACUGCCAACCUCCCUGGCUGUCAUCACAUCUCCCUCAGUCCAAACAGCACAGCCCAUCGAGGAGGUGCAGCAAAGGGAGCCCCAAGUGGUUCAGGCUCACUCGCCCCUGUCACCAGUCUCUGUCCCCAGCCGGGUGGCAGAAAAGAAGAACAGGGGCAGCACCAAGCGGGCCAAGCACCCUGUGCCUGCUGGCAACACCCAGAAAGGGGAGAGCUCCCAGCAGGAGCAGCCCACCAGCAGUGCCCCAGCCAAGAAAAGGAAGCUGCUGCCAUGCAAAGAAAGAAAAGAGAGAAAAGGCUGCAAACACCUGUGCCAAGUGAAGCUGUCUGGGGCCAGCGCAGGAGCCAGUAGCAGCGGGCAAGUGAGCACUGCCAGCGAGCUGCGCGUGCACUUGUGUGAAUCCAUCCAGGCCGUGCACCCGCUGGGGCAGAGGGUGACUGUGGUGGGCCCGGUGCGCCAGCCACCCUCUGUGCAGCCCCAACCCCGACCCAGCACUGUCCCUGCUGCCCUCUAUCCCCAAGACAGCAACACAGACAAGGCAGUGCCAGCACCUCCAGGCAGCGCAGUGCAAAAGGAGGAUGCUGCCAAGAAGAUGGCGCCAAGCUGCCUGCGCCCAUCCUUGCAGAGGAGCUCACUGCUGCGAAGCAACCCACCAUCACAGCUGCACCAGCAGCAGCCUUGGCCACAGCACCCCGUGGACUCUGUGCCCUGCGUGGGGCCACGGGUGGGCAGUGGUGCAGCACCCAUAGUGAUGGAGGAGUCACUGCCCAUCACAGCUGAGCAGCAGCCCAAGCGGGAGCGCAUGAAGAAGCUGGCCCAGGAGGAGCGGCGGCGGGCGGCCCAGCAGAUGAAGAUCGGCCCUGUGCAGUUCCUGCUGCAGCGGGAGAUAGACAUGGCCAUAGCCGACCAGUACGGCUACCCCUAACCCUGCGCUCCUCACCGGCCCCACAGCAGUGGCAGAGUUCCAGAGGCACCACCAGCAGCCCCAUCCCUCCUUUCCAGAACUGAGCUGUCCUCCAAAGUCAGCAUUGCAGUGGGAUGGGACAUUGUCUGGGCAAUCAACUGUUCUGGGAUGGGAAUUUUAGGAUUAUUGUUGUUACUAUUACUCGUUUUCUAUGAUACGUUAUUAAAAGCUUUGUGUUCCCUUUGCUACACCUCUGCCUGCAGUCAUUUGUGCUGUGUCACAGCCCCCCAGCUCCCCAUGCCCUCCAGGCAGGAUGGGAUACCACAGAUGGCCAUGUGCCUCAGCUGCCACCACCAGCUCCAGCCCUCCUCUCUCCCUGCAGUCCUUUGUGCAGUGUGAUGCAGAGGAUGUUUCACACAGCUCUCCUGCACUGCCCAGCACUGUGAAUUGCUGUGGGGAUGGGCAGCAGGCAUGGGCAGAUGGAGGGGAAUUGCCCUGGUUCACUGUGGCCAGCAGAGACUCCAGUAGGGACAGUUCCCAUGGAGGGCGGAAGCAGGGGUAGCUGGGCC